GCGGGCGGGCCAGAGACGCUGCAGAAGAGCUGCUGCCGCCGCCGCCGCCCGAGAGCGUUGGAGGCCAACCCCUGGUCAUGGCUGCGGCAAGAAGCGUCCUCCUCCUCGUGGUGCUGACGGCUCCCUUCUGCUCUUCCCGAUCGAGGCACCUUCCCGCAGCUGCGCUGGAAGACAACGGUGGGAGUGGAGAAGGGGAGGGCGCUUCCUCCAUCCCACCCCCUGCGAGCGUGACCCUGGGUGUGAAUCCCACCAUGGACGAUAUCCUCGUGACCUCGGUGAACGAGACGUCGGCCACUCUCACCCUAUUGGACGGGAUCGUGGAUUUCUUCCGGGAGUACAUGCUGCUGAUCAUUGUGGUUGGCUCUUUGGUCUUCAUUUUCCUCUUCAUCAUCUGUGCCGCCGUCAUCGUCCAUCAGAAGCACAAGGCCUCGGCCUACUACCCGUCAUCUUUCCCGAAGAAGAAGUACGUGGACCAGAACGACAAGUCGGGGGGUGCCAAAGCUUUCAGUGAAGUCCCGGAGAAGGUUGGCGAUUCCUGCCAGGAAGAGCCUGUGGACUCCACCAAACAACUGCAGGCGGAUAUUCUAGCAGCGGCCCAAAACCUCAAAUCCCCAACCAAGGCCGUCACAGCCAACGGAGAGAGUACCAAAAUAGAGGAGAAGCCAAUCAAGGGAAAGGAGGAAGACGCUCAAGGACCAGAGGUUAGCAGAAAAGAAGAGGAGGGAGCUACCAAAGUCCAGGAUAGUCCACAACAGGAGGCUGAACUUCCAACAGAGACGUCAACUAACCUCAACCCGGCCGAUGCUGAAGUCAGUGGAGACGUUGUGCAGCAGGUGGAGGAAACCACACCACCUUCUCCAGAGGAACCUAAGGAAUCGGCCGGGACUGACAACUCAAUCGCGCAAACCUCCGAAAGUGAGAAUCAGGAGUCUAUUGACCAAAACGCUUGUGAGGACAGCACCGCAGGAGACUAAAAACAGAAGAAAGACUAACAUUAUUUGCCAUCCGCUGGCUUUCGUGUCGGAAAUGUAUAGUAUUAGAUCAGUGAUGGACUUAACUUUCUACGCAGCGGGCAACGGGAGGGCCUUCCGUCAGUUGUAGGAGACCCCUCGCUCGCCUUCCGGAUCAAAAAAAUCUCAUUAGAAGUCGCGCACUGCGCUUUGUCGCCUUAACGGAUCACUCUGUUACUAUGGAAACGCAUCGCCACGCUCAUUGGACAGAAGGGCCGGAUCCCACCGCUCCGUUGUGCUGCUGGUGGAGUUUUCCCCUGGUUCAAGAGCAGGCGGAAGUCACCUGGCUCCAGUUAAAAUGCCACUGUUAGCAGAAUGGAACUGAAGAGGUCCAACCCGUUAUUUGGUAAGCCAGGAUGGACUUGAAGAAGAUCCAAUAUCCAAGUAUUGUCUGAGGAGGCAGUAACCAUCCCAGUGUGGAACUGGCUCUAACGCUGGCUCUGAGCACCCCUCCAACAAUUACCUUCAAAUACACGUGGGACAAUCUGUCACUGGUGUCCAAUUCUGGAUGAAUCCUCUUCGAAGUUCCACCGUCAGAAACUGUGGCCAGGGCGAAGAGUACCCUCACCACGUUCCAUGUGAAUUUCUAGCUGAACAACCGCUGUUAAACGGUACACAACACAAAAAAACGCUGGCUAAAGAUAAACAAAAAUGUAUAAAAAUAAUAUUUAAUGCCAAGUUCAGUUAUACAGUCAUAUACGGGGUCAUUUAGUAGAAAAAGAGGUUCAGG